AUGGAUUUUAGAUACCAAAAAUGUUUUGGACUUCAAGGUGACGAAGACAGAUUGAGUUCACUUCCAAGUUCAAUUCUCAUCGCUAUUCUCUCACUCCUUCCUAUCAAAUUCGCUGUCAUUACCAGUGUGUUAUCAAAGAGAUGGUGUCGCCUUUGGACCUUCAUCACCGCUUUUCGCUUCGACGAAUCAACUAGUAAGGAUUUUAAUGCAUCUUCUAUCAUUAAUUAUGUUUUACCUCAACUUUUAUCCCCUGAAAUCAAAACCUUUGUACUCCUUCUCGAUGACCACCCGUACCAAGCCUCCGAGUUUGGUUAUUCUCACUCCUUAUAUAAUAGCUACACAAGUCAAGAGACUUACCUUACGACUCUAGGAACCAAUAUCGCCUCGUGGCUUCAAUUUUUCAGCACUCGAAAAGUGCAGACUAUUGAGGUUAGAUUUUUCGGAGAUAUUACUAGUGAUGAUAAAAUUUCAACCACAUUACCAUCUUGUCUCUUUCAAUGCAAGUCAUUGGUAUCUCUCAUUUUGGGCAUACAACUUGAUAUAAUUACUUUGCCAGAUGAAAUUAGUGUUCCUAAUCUAAAGAUUAUUAACAUGAGUCAUCUUAACGAUAAUCACGAAAAUUUGCUGGCCAAUCUGUUUAAUUCUUGCCCUUGUCUUGAAGAUUUAAGAUUGUCUGGGAAUUUUGAUGAAGAUUUUGAUAAUAGAGAUGGGGGUAGAGACAUUCAUGUGGUUGUUUCGUCAUCAAAAUUAAAGUCAUUGUGUAUUCAUACACGCAAUGUGAGGGGAAAAGUUGGGACCAUUCAUGUAGAUAUUGAUGCCCCUAAUUUGAAGGUGUUUGAAGCUUCAGAUGUAAGUCACUCAGAGUUUAGGUUUGUCUGCGAACCAAGAGAGUUACAAAGUGCAAGCUUAACGUAUUCCCAAGGUCGAAUGAGUAGAGGCACAGAGCUAUUUUGGGCAUUUCGUGGUGUUAAAGCUCUUAUGUUGUGUUUUACUAUGGUAAUUGCUUUGAAUGGCUUGAAUGGUGAUAUUCAAUUGCCAACAUUUCAUAAUUUAAGACAUCUUGAAUUUACAAAAACAUCUCAUACUUGUUGGAAAACGUUGCUACGUUUUCUUAAUCAUGCUCCCAAUGUUGAGAAACUAACUAUUAGGAUGAGCUCAAUUGAUGAGAUAUUGAAAGUUAUGUGUUCAUUGAUAUUAAUAUCUACAGCCCCGAGAUCAAUUCCUAUAGAUACUCCACCUCCGUGCUCGUUGCAACGUGUCAAAGAGAUAACUAUUUGCCUUAAGGGGCUAGGAUACGACCAUGAGGCGAUGUAUUUGUUAAUGUAUUUAUUAAAUAAUGCAAGCGCCUUAGAACUGCUGGUUGUUGAGGUUUCUGCUAGUGAUGCUGAUUGUCAGGGCGUUGGAUACAGAGUCAAGCUAUUUAAUAUAUACGUAACAUUGAGGAUGCUUCUACAAACUUCUUUGUCACGUCGUAUUCAAGGUGUUUUGCAACGUGUUAAAAAGGAGGAAUUGCCUUAUAUGGAUUUUCAUGACAGUGAAUUAGAAGAAAGCUCCAGUGAAUUAGAGGAAUAA